CAAAGAGAAGCUAGAGUAAAAGCUUCACGUCAAAAAUGAGUGAAUUUAAACCCUUUUUUCUCGGCUUUGGCAACGGUUUAAAAGAUUCUCUCCUCGGUAUUACAGCUAUAUUUAGACUAGACAGUGAAACGGAGAAGAAAGAGGAAGAAAAACAGAGAAAAUUGGUCGAAAAUCAACGCCAACUUCGAGGGAUGAGAACACGUCCAAAAACAGACAAUACCCAACCAGCUAAACAAAUAUUGAAGAAUAUGGUUCAGUGCUGUCUACUUAAUGGGGGUAUUUUCUGGUUGAGUAUAUUUUUGUUUGAAAGCUACAUCAUUCCGGCUCUGCAGUGGCUCACGCACCUAGUAUUUGAGUUAGUUUCUGGUAGUUCAACUCAUCAUAGUAGUGUCUGGUAUUGGAUGGGACCAGCAUUGUCAUAUGUUUUUGGAGCGUUGUGGGUGCUUCCCUUAUUCUGGCUUAGUAAACCAUUAAAUUCUCUCUGGUUCCAGGAAAUAGCUGACUCUGCRUAUCGGAAAAACAGAGGUAGACCUCUUGGCCUUGUGCAUAUAUCAAGGGGAGAAAGUGUAUCAAGUUAUGUGAGCAGAAGUAUAGCAGACUUUGCAUUUAGUGUUCUCUUACAAGCAUUCUUCUUAAUCCAGGGUAUGCUAGUGGGUUUUUUACCAGUCCUUGGCCCUUUAGCAAGUUUAAUCCAUAUGUGUCUACUCUAUUCUCUUUAUGCUUUUGAGUACAAAUGGGUCAAUAUGGAUUGGUCAGCUCCUAAACGCUUAGCAUACAUAGAAUCCAACUGGCCUUACUUUGUUGGAUUUGGUCUGCCAUUAGCACUGAUGACUGCUUUACCUUCAUCUGUUUUUGUCAGUGGUUGUGUGUUCGCAAUCCUUUUCCCUCUCUUCAUAAUCAGUGGCAAUGAAGCUAAUGUGUCUGAAACAAAUCAAUUUCCAAUCAGAGUGUUUAGAUUAGUGGUAUGGUUAACGAACAAGGUAUUCCAUAAAUCAACAUCCAAGCCAAGACCACAACAACCAGAUGUACAAAACCAGUCCCCUUCCUCCCCACCCUCAUGACAUGUGGUAUGGUUAACGAACAAGGUAUUCCACAAAUCAACAUCAGAGUCAAGACCACAACAACCAGAUGUACAAAACCAGUCCCCUUCCUCCCCUCCCUCACGUCUCUAGUACCCCCUUAUGGGGGGAGGAGAGACUUGUUUGUAAUUCACCCUCACUAAUAGACCCACGUCUCAAAAAAURAAUAUUAAAAAAUAAAUAUAUUUA